AGGCAAGAAACAGAAAGUUGCCUGGCUCCCUCGCAGCACAGUGAACCUCUCUAGCUGACGAUGCACAGAAUGUCACUGGGCGCUACCAGGACAAGGGGCUAUUUCUUGAUACUACUGCUUGUGUGCUGCUGGAAGGGGUCGGCUGCAGUAUCUGCUGAUUAUGAUGACUAUAGUUUCAAUGGAACCGAUGACAAUCAGCCCAUGGGCCAGAAUGGUCUGUGCCCUCGUGCCAUCCCAGCGCAGAGAGUAAUUGAGAACAACAGUACUUUCCUGAGAAUCUCAAAAGCUUCACAUGUUCCACUUGGCAGCCCACUCACCGUGGUCCUCCUCCCAUCUUUCUACACUCUUAUCUUCCUCAUUGGACUACCUGCCAAUGCUCUGGCCCUCUGGGUGCUCACCACACGGGUGGAGAAACUGCCCUCCACCAUUUUCCUGAUCAAUUUAGCAACCGCAGAUCUCUUGUUAUGCCUACUGCUCCCUCUGAAGAUCUCUUACUACUUCUUGGGCAACCACUGGCCCUUUGGAGAGGCUAUGUGCCGCUUUACCACUACAGCCUUCUACGGCAACAUGUACUGUUCCAUUCUCUUGCUCACCUGCAUCAGCGUGGACCGCUAUGUCGCUGUGGCCCACCCCUUCUUUGCCCGUUCCUUCCGCAGCUCGGCCUUUGCCAUGGGCACCUGUGCUGCAGUCUGGGUAGUGGCUGCCCUCUUCACACUGCCUCUGACUCUUUUCCGCCAGUCCUUCCCACUCUACAGGACCAAGCAGACCAUAUGCCACGACGUCCUGCCGUGGGAAGAGGAAGUUAAGUACUACUACUAUUACUUCAUCAUCCUCAUAGCCUGUGGCUUCCUGACUCCUCUCCUCAUCAUGGUGCUCAGCUCUGGAGUUACACUCUGGGUCUUGUUGGGCAGCAGGGAAAAGUACGCUUUGGCUGCCAAGCUGACAGCCCUCAUGCUUAUCUCAGUCAUGACCUUCUAUAGCCCAAGUCAUAUCCUGCUGCUCCUCCAUUACUCCCACUCCUGCCUCCGGCAUGAUGGGACGGUCUACGUGGUCUACAUAGUCAGCCUGGCCUUGAGCACCUGCAACAGCUGUGUCGACCCCUUCAUUUACUAUUACGUCUCGGAAGAAUUCAGGUCAAAUGUGAAGAGGAGACUCUUUGGCCACUGGACGGAUUCUGCUGUGUCUGUGAAGACCUUAAAGGAGACCCUGCCCUCAAAGAACUCCCACCGCUCCCAGUCUCUGGAGUGAGGGAGAGAUGAUUGUCUUCACUGCACUGUACUUGCAAUUGAGCGGCAAGGAAAGGAAAGCAGAAAAGGUGCUGGCUGGGGCUUUACGUGGUCUUACCAAGAAUUUGUGUGAAGGAACAGCCAAUGGUCAGCUCGUUCUUGGAGUUCUUGAGGCAACAUAGUUGGAUAAAACCUGCCCAACCUCAGCUCUGUUCCAACUUCCAAGAAGCCUAAUGAUGUUCCUCAUUAAUUAUGAAGUCUUGCGCAGCACAUAGUUCUUUCCCUUUAUUCCCUUUAACUGUAGGGAUUUGGGAAAGUCCAAGCACAUCUGUAAUGCAGGUCAGAAUGGACUGAAAGACACCUUCCAAAAAUAAGUUGGUUGCUAAUUUGGUCUCCAUUAAUCUCAUGCUUUCCGUCCCUGGACCCACUUCAGACCCCCACUCACAAAUUAUCAUCUCAGGAAGAAACCAAAAGGAGUCACAAUUGUUUUAAAAAUCCAUUUUUAAUAAAAUAUUUUCUCAAUAUCUAAAUCAAACUUCUUCUCCCACCCCACCCAACCCCUGGAUACUCCAAUUCACUAAAGGACUGUGCUGAACCAUAAAAGCAAACUGUACCCCGCAACGCCUACGCAGGUGGGGAACAGGCUGUUCUACUGAGCACUCGGAAUAAACAAACAGCCGUCUGCCUGGAUGUGCAGUGGGCAAGAACAGAUAAGCCCAGUGAGCAGAAAUAAAAACAUGUCAAGAAAAUUGGGGUCACUAUGUCAACUUGGUUCCAUUCAGUGAUAACUUGGGAUGAAUAAAACUUUUGUUUUAUAAUAAA